CCUAGGGGGCGGAGCGUGAGGAGACAGCCGCGGACGAGGGUUGUGCGGCCGCGGCGGCGGAGGACGGACCAUGCUGAGCCGUGCGUGCUCCCGGCUGGCCUCUGUGUUGUGGAGGGCCAGCGCGUCGCCGGCCGUGGUCGCCGGCAGGUGUCUGCACACAGCCGGGUCGCGACCCUCGGCGGAUCCGGGCGAGAAGGCGGAGGAGCCGCCCCGCGCCUUCGACCCUGCGCUGCUGGAGUUCCUGGUGUGCCCACUCUCCAAGAAGCCGCUCAGAUAUGAAGCAUCAACAAAUGAAUUGAUUAAUGAAGAGCUGGGAAUAGCCUAUCCUAUCAUCGAUGGGAUUCCUAAUAUGAUACCCCAGGCAGCUAGGACAACACAUGAAAAUAAGAAGCAAGAAGAAGUGAAGCAGCACUAGACCAUAAUUUAAAAAAACAAAACAA